AUGCAUUUCAUCAAUUUCAUCUUCCUCGUCUUUUUCUUCCAAUUAAAUAUCCAAACCUCGGAAGCACAAACGGUACAAACAGAGCCGUUGGAUUUAUCAGUGCGGAAAGUGAGUGAGGAACGAAUACAAUUACAGAAAUUAUCAAAUAGUGAAACGAAUCAAGCACAGACGGAAAGUUUCCCUCAAUCAUCCCAUUUGAGUGCUCAUGAGAAGACGCGUACCGGUGAAAAGGCACACAGUUGUACGAUAUGUGGGAAAAGUUUUUCUCAAUCAUCUCAUUUGAUAAGACACGAGAUGAUUCAUACUGGUGAAAAGCCGCACAGUUGUGCGAUAUGCGGGAAAAGUUUCUCUCAUUCAUCGCAUUUGAUGAGACAUGAGAUGAUUCAUACCGGUGAAAAGCCGCAAAGAUGCACGAUAUGCGGAAAAAGUUUCUCCCAAUCAACACAUUUGAUAAUACAUGAGAGGAUUCAUACUGGUGAAAGGCCGCACAGUUGUACGGUAUGCGGGAAAAGUUUCUGUCAAUCAUCGAGUUUGAUAAUACAUGAGAGGAUUCAUACCGGUGAAAAGCCGUACAGCUGUUCGAUAUGCAAUAGGAAUUUCUCUGAUACAUCGAAUAUGAAAAAACAUGAGAAGACUCACACCGGUGAAAAGCCAUACAGUUGUAUGAUAUGCGGGAAAAGAUUUUCUCAAUCAUCGGAUUUGAGUAGACAUAACAGAACUCAUGCCGGUGAAAAGCCAUACAGUUGCACGGUAUGUGGGAAAAGUUUUGUUAAAUCAUCGGAUUUGUGCAGACAUAACAGAAGUCAUACUGGUGAAAGGCCGCACAGUUGUACGGUAUGCGGGAAAAGUUUCUGUCAAUCAUCGAGUUUGAUAAUACAUGAGAGGAUUCAUACCGGUGAAAAGCCGUACAGCUGUUCGAUAUGCAAUAGGAAUUUCUCUGAUACAUCGAAUAUGAAAAAACAUGAGAAGACUCACACCGGUGAAAAGCCAUACAGUUGUAUGAUAUGCGGGAAAAGAUUUUCUCAAUCAUCGGAUUUGAGUAGACAUAACAGAACUCAUGCCGGUGAAAAGCCAUACAGUUGCACGGUAUGUGGGAAAAGUUUUGUUAAAUCAUCGGAUUUGUGCAGACAUAACAGAAGUCAUACUGGUGAAAGGCCGCACAGUUGUACGGUAUGCGGGAAAAGUUUCUGUCAAUCAUCGAGUUUGAUAAUACAUGAGAGGAUUCAUACCGGUGAAAAGCCGUACAGCUGUUCGAUAUGCAAUAGGAGUUUCUCUGAUACAUCGAAUAUGAGAAAACAUGAGAAGACUCACACCGAUGAAAAGACACACAGUUGUACGAUAUGCGGGAAACCUUUCGAUCGAAGCGAUAAUUUGAAAGAGCACAUGAAAACUCAUAGCACGACGCUCGAAGAACGAAAUGCCCGAGAAGAAACAAGGAAUCAGCAUCUCAGGAGCCGGAAUAUAACAAAGAAGGGAAAUAUAGUCCCUCUGUCUGAAUAUGACGGUGAAAUCGAGAGUUGGCCAUAUGAAGUACAUGGGCUGCAUUAUCAGACGACGACGAAAAGUCUGGUGAUACUAAUGGAGACGAGUGCCUAUUUCAAAGGAUCGAGAACAAUUGCGAUUCUGAUUCCCGCCACGCAGACAGCGUUGGCUACGGCAGUAUCGGAAAAUUUUCAUCCUGGAGAUUUGGUUGAUUUUCCCGAACAAUUCCGAAAGAAGUUGCAAGUACUGCAGGCAGAAGCAUACACAAUGGAAGCACAAACGAUACAAACAAAGCCGUCGGAAAUAUCGGUGCGAAAAAUGAAUGAGGAACAAAUGCAGUUACAGAAUUUACCAAUUAAUGAAACGAACAAAGGACAGACGGAGAGUUUCCUUGAAUCACCGCAUUUGAUUCUUCAUGAGAAGACGCAUGCUGGUGAAAUGGCGCACCGUUGCACGAUAUGCGGGAAAAGUUUCACUCAGUCAACGCAUUUGAUGAUACAUGAGAGGACACAUACCGGUGAACAGCAGCACAGUUGUACGAUAUGA